AGCUUAGGUAUGCACACGUGAAAAUACGGAGGGGCGCUGCUGGGACGCGGGGUUGGUUCCUGCUGCCGCUCCCCUUAUGCUCCUUUUAUGCCCCCCCUCCAGCCGAAGACUGCAACGCGUCCGCCUCGAGAUAAACAACUACCAUUUUCCCCGCGCGACAACAAAUAAUCAUACCGCAUUUCCCAUCCACGCUUUUUACCGACAGCAUUUUCCAAGAUGACCUCCUCAAAUCCCGUAAGCAAUUGGGUUCCGCCGGACCCCCUCGGCCCCGACAAGAGGGUACCGCUCAUGCGCGGAAGGAGGCUGGAGAUGUUCAAAGCUCUGGAGGACCACGAUAGCUAUUAUGAGCUAUCCUUGAUGUUCUCCGCGCUAGCCGGCGACUUGCAGCAACUGGGAGCUAACCUACCGGGCUCGUCGUCCGCGGCGCUGAAGAUCCGCCAGGACAAGACUAACAAGAGAGCGAUGUGCAUCUUACUCCACAGCAUACUGAAAGACCUGUUGAGGUCCGUGAUACUAGGUACUGUAGCCUUCGACAUGAUCAGCCCGACCAGGAAGCCGGCGCACUACGCGGCAGACGGUCCGGGGGCCUACGUCGCCGCCAUGGCCAUCGACGGCCGCGACGGCAAGUGGCUCAACCGGGACGAGAUCAGAGAUCUUAUCAAGACACUCAAUAUGUAUGUGAAAGCAUAUGAAGCGUGGAAGAUCCAUAAGGGUAAGCCCGACAACGCAGAGGCCCGCGAUCUCGACAAGUUCGCGAGGGAGAUCGAUACGCAGUACGGGAGUAGAUAUGCUGAACAGCCGGACGAGAUGCGGUUCGUGAACCACGACGACGCCACGGCGAAGACGCAGUUCUUCAUGAAUUCCCUAAUUCAGCGGUGCGACCCUUCGCUCCCGGGACCGGAUCAGAUAUACCAGAUCGCGUCCCCCCUAUACGUCGGCUGCUCAGAGAGUAUGAAUGUUAGUAUUACAAAAUACCAGCCGAGCACCGGCCUAAGACUGGUAAACAAGCCAUGGGGUCUCGUGUGCUGCGCCCUGAAAUACAUGGGUAAGCACCCUACCGUCGUCGUGACGCCCGUUAUCCGUACUUGGCAGCGUACCGACCUUCCUCUCGCCGAGAUUCUCGUCACGAUGUUGGGGAGCUCGCUGGUGACGCAGGACGGCUUCAACGGGCACGGCCCGGGAACAACGAAUGACACGAGCACCCAGAGCGUCCUAAGCGAGGCCGAGAGGUACGUGCUAGCUCUCGAGCCGCACCUAAAGAACAACAUCGAGGCGAGCUUGCGCGAGAUGGCCGAAAGGAAGACCUACUUCGAGCGCAUGGAGGUCGUGGCAAGGUUCCCGGACACGGAUGCGGAGAGCGCGCUAGGCGACCUCAGGAAGCUCGAGCACGAGAUAUACGCUAUCGAUGACCAGUGCGCCGCUCUCGUCCGCAAGCUCGAAGCUGACAGGGCCGAGAUGGAGGCUCAGACGAAAGCCGCCGAGAGAUACGUGAAGCUGCUGAGGGAGGUGAACCAGGUUUUCAGAAUCUUUUUCGGCCCCGAGCAGGUAAAAGAGGAACCGACGCCGACUGACGAGGAAGAGUAAAUUCCCGGUCGCAUAAGGAAUUAUAAGAUAGCAUAGGUAAUUAAUUUGGCACGAACCCCUUGCCAGGAGUUUCACUCGAGACUCUUUAAAAUAAAAGAGUUAUUUUAUAUAUAGCUUUAAAGUAAUUGAAGUUCCUUAUGAAAUAACGAAGCUAUUUUACUUAUUACGUGCUUUACGACGUGAUACCCUUAAUGGAAUUAAUCGUUAACCGUUUUAUAAGUGGUAAUA